AUGCAGUAUUCCUCUGUGCAGAAGGAGCUGCAGCUCUUCCUCGGUGGAGAGAAGUUGGUUGUACAAAAUGGAGAGAAGGUGACCUACCAGUUCCUCAUCGGCUCCUCGAUCAAGAAAGAGAGCAAGGGACACUGCCGAAUGUGGAUCACCAACUACCGCCUCCUCUUCUGCGGCAAAAACGACUCCCAGAACGCCAUCUCCGUUCCCCUCACCUGCAUUCUACAAAUCGAGGAGCUCAAGCACACAACGACGAACCCUUAUGGAGGCGUACUCAUGGUGUGCAAAGAUUUCCGAACGAUGGUGGUUCUCUUCACGAAGGAGAACAGCUUCAAACCCACGCUUAAGGUGCUGAAGAAGACCAUACCGAAGAAAAUGACCGAUCUCUUCUGCUACAAGAGUUUGGAGGUCCGAUUUAAGAAUCUUCCGACCUACCUCGACGGCUGGUUCGUGUACAACAUGCAGGAGGAAUUCUACAACCGACAGAAGGUGUCGGACAAAGUGUGGAGCAUCACGCCGGCCAACAGCGACUACAAACUCAACGAGAAUCUUUCGGGCUCCUUCGUCGUCCCCGCCGACCUCGUCAAGACGGUGAAGGACUCGGACUUGAAGAAGAAGCUCAAGAACUCCCUGCUCACGCUGAGCUGGAUGCACCCGGGCAGCAAGGGCUUCCUCGUGCGCCUGGACACCGUGCAAUCGGCCAAGGGCAAGGGCAAGCCCAAGAAGGACGAGACCGACGGCGAGAUCGAGGAGGCCGGGCAGCUGCAGUGCCUGCUCAACUCCCUCGGCUCGGCCAAGGCCAAGAAGAAGGUGUACCUGCUCGACACCGCCGGUUCUCCCUUCCUCCUCCAGCUGAAGAAGGCCAAGGUCACAGACAAGGAGCGCGUGAGGCGGCCACGAGUGGAGUGGCUCGACGCGGACGACAGCGACAGCGGCGGCGACAGCAGCGCCUCGAUGUCGUCGGUGCGGGAGGACGUCACGGAGGGCGAGGAGUGCUUCGACUACUUCAUCCCCGAGACGAUGGACAAAAAAGAGGGCAUCACGGAGGGUACCCUGGGCCUGCCGCAGCUCUCCGCCGUCAGGAAGAGCCUGCUCGAGCUCCGAGACGGCAUCUGCACCUUCCACUCGCUCGGCGACAAGGUCAUGCGCUACCGCUCCAAGGCCUCGGGCGAGAUCAACGUCAAAGUGUUCGACCCACACACGGCCCAGUUCGCCACUGCCGACGUCGAUUCGCUGCGCGAUGGCACCGCCUCGCAGGGUCCGCAGAAGGACGGGGAGUGGAUGGACCAGCUGCAGAACUCCAACUGGCUGCAGCAGAUCCGCCACACGCUCAAGGCCUCGGCCGUCGUGCUCCGGCUCCUCGCCGCCGGCCACUCGGUGGUGCUCAAGCGGCUCCACAACCCGUCGUCCAGCGGCGUCUCGCAGGCUUCGGGCUCCACGAGCGCGGUGGUCGCCGCGACCCCCUCGUCGUCGGGCUCCACCGAGCUGACCACCAAGAAGAAGGCCGAGGAGGAGGCCGAGGAAGAGGAAGACGAUGACGAUUCGGGCGUGCACGAGGGCCUCUACUCGCUGCUCUCGCUCGUCCAGCUGUGCAGCGACCCCUUCUACCGCACCAUCACCGGCUUCGCCGUCCUGGUGGAGAAGGAGUGGAUGGCCUACGGCUACAAGUACGGCCAGAAGUUCCAGAAGCAGAAGAAGCCCACUGAUCCCCUCUGCGCCACCUUCCUGCAGUUCAUGGACUGCGUCUGGCAACUGUGGAACAGCAGCCCGCAGUCCUUCGAGUUCAACGAGGACUUCCUGCUGUUCGUCAUCGACAGCGUCUACGAUUCUCGCUUCGGCACCUUCCUCGUCGAGAACGCCCGGGAGCGAGAGGAGGAGAAGAUCAAGGACAAGGCACGCAUUCUCCUCGCCGUGUCUCUGUGGUCGUUCACCAACGUGAACAAGGAGCAGUUCACCAACUCCUACUACGCUUCCCAGGCCAAGCCGCUCACCCAGUCCAAGAACCCUCCGAGCAAACGAGGGGAUGCGGGGGCGGAGGAUGCACGUGGCGAGGCCAUCGUGCCGCGCCUGGCGGAGGUGUGCCUGUGGAACGGGUACUUCCUGCGGUGGGCGUGCCAGGACGCGCUGCGCCAGGCCGUGGACGCCAUCUCGGCCAAGUCCGAGGUGCAGUACUUUGCGCCGCUCGGCGGCGGCGUCGAUUCGAGCUUCUCGGCGAUCGGGCUGCACGUGGUGCCCAAGUCGAUCAACAAGCUCGUGAGCGUGGCCAAGGAGAUGGACCUGAGCAACAACUACCUGGACUCCUUCUCGCAGGAGCUGGCCAAGCUCACGCAGCUGCGCAAGCUCUGCCUGGCCGACAACUACAUCACCACCGUGCCGUCGGCGCUCGUCGUGCAGAUGAAGUACCUCACCGAGCUCGACCUCAGCGGCAACCGCCUCAUCGCCCUGCCGCCCGAGGUGGCGGCCCUCACCAUGCUCAAGUCGCUCGUGGUGGACGAAAACGAGCUCACGUCGCUGCCGCGCAGCAUCAGCGAGUUGGUCAACCUCACGCACCUGUCGGCCUGCGGCAACCGGCUCAAGCACAGCCUGCCGGUCGCCAUCGCCGCGCUGGGCAAGCUCACCAACCUGCUGCUGGACCGCAACGAGCUCGUCGAGGUGCCCGCCGAGAUCAUGCAGUCGCUCACCAAGCUCAAGAAGCUGAGCCUGGGCAACAACCACCUCGCCGCCGACGGUUCGUCGUCCGAGUUGGUGGCGCCGGGCGAGCCGUCGGUGAAGGGCAAGAAGCGGCUGGCGUUCGGCGUGUUCCAGAGCCGGGCGUCACCGCAGCGGUCGCGGCUGAAGCGGAGCAAGAAGGGCAAGAAGGACAAGGACGCGGGCUCGGGCGCCGACAGCGAGGGCGAGGGCAAGCGCAAGGGCAGCUUCAUGGACAACAAGGACACCAUCACCAAGGACGGCGGCAAGAAGGGCAAGAAGGGCAACAAGGGCAAGAAGGACAAGAAGGGCAACAAGGGCAAGAAGGGCGCCAAGGACGAUGACAGCAGUCUCGCCCUCUCCAAGCGCGACGCCACGCAGACCUCGUUCGCCGAUCUCAUCGCGUGGACGCUCGGCGAGAAGGACAUCACCCGCCUGGCCACCUUCUGGAACGGCCUGGGCGGGCUCACGAGCCUCGAUCUCUCGUCGUGCGCGCUGGCCUUCAUCCCGUUCGAGGUCUUCCAGCUCAAGAAGCUCGCCCGCCUCCAGAUGGCCAGCAACUCCAUCACCGUCAUCCCGCCCGAGAUCGAGAACGUGGCCUCCUCCCUGCUCGAGCUCGACCUCUCCAAGAACUACAUCAUGGAGAUCCCGCCCGAGAUCGGCUUCCUCCGCAAGCUCAACAAGCUCAACCUCCGCGACAACGAGAUCACCGUCCUCCCGCCCCAGGUCGCCCUCCUCGUCAACCUCGUCCGCGACAAGCCCGAGGCCACCGCCGGCGGCGGCGGCGUCGCCCAGGGCCGGCCCGACAUCGCCCGCGGCGCGCGCCCCGGCGGCUCGUCGACCCCCACGCCCGACCGCCGGGAGUCCCUCGUGGGCUCGGCUAGCACCGGCGGCGGUGGCGGGCCGGGCGGCAAGGACGGCGGGGCGCGUGCGCCCUCGUUCGCGCUCGACGUGGAGGACAUCAAGUACCCGCCGCAGGAGGUGAUGCAGAAGGGCCAGGCCCACUUCCUGGCCUACCUCAAGGAGCAGGCCUUCGAGGGCAAGGAAGCCAUGCACCACUUCAAGCUCAUGAUCGUCGGCUCGCAGAACGUGGGCAAGAGCUCCCUCCUGCGCACGCUCUCGGCCGCGACGGACAACAACGUGACCGAGGUGGCCUCCACCGGCAGCGCCUCGGUGUCGGCUGUGCCCGAGGGCAAGGAACUGCACGGGUCGAGCAACACGGUGAGCUCGGGCUUCGGCUCGGCCACGUCCAACACGCUCAACCUGAGCGGCGCGUCGACGUGGAACACGGCGGGCGUGUCCAACUCGGCGCGCUCGACGACGGCGACGGACACGACGGACGCGUCGACCGAGUCGUCGCCGAUGUCGUCGCCGCGCGGGUCGGUCACGUUCUGCACCGACGAGCUGCUGCCGACCAACGACGGCAUCGCGAGCAUCGAGGAGUGGUCGCUCGACAACGUGACGCUCAACGGGCAGAAGCAGUCCGUGCAGCUGAGCGUGUGGGACUUCACCGGCCAGGAGAGCUACUGGCCGCUCUACCAGACCUUCUUUGACGAGCGCGCCCUCUACCUGGUCGUCUUCAGCGCCGUCGAGACCGACCCGACGGCGCACCUGCAGCAGUGGCUCGACAUGAUCACGGCGCGCUGCGGCAAGGCCGCCUCGAUCCUGCUCGUGGGCACCAAGUGCGACGAUCCGUCGAUCACGCAGAUCCGGAUGGACAAGCUGCGCGCCGACCUCACCGCCCGCUUCGCCGCCAAGUACGCCGUGCGCGGCGUCGUGUUUGUCUCCAACACCACCAACGCGGGCCUCGCCGACCUCAAGGCCGCCGUCGACGACGAGGUCUCCAAGGACCGCCGCGUCGCCGCCCAAAGCGAGGUGCCCAAGAGCUUCCUGCUCCUCCGCGAGAUGAUCAUCCGCGAGCGCUACUACCGCACCCUCCCGCUCAUGACCUGGCGCGAGUGGCGCGCCUUCGCCAUCCUCGCCGGCAUCGACACCGACGACCAGCUCCACGCCGCCACCGCCUUCCUCUCCGAGUUUGGCUACGUGCUCCAGCUCCAGCGGCCCCCCGCCGGCGCCGCCGGCUGCGACGACAUCCUCGGCCGCCCCCUGGGCCGCACCGUCGUGCUCCACCCGCAGUGGCUCGCCAACUUCAUGGCCUCGCUCCAGCUCGUCAAGUCCAAGUACGCCGGCGCCAGCGCCGCCGGCACCGGCCUGCUCAGUCCGUCCACCCUGCGCGCCUUCCUCAAGCUGCCCCACAUCUGGCAGGUCCCGCCCGCCUUCCUCCUCACCCUCUACCACCACCUCGACCUCGCCCUCCUCCGCUUCCACAGCAGCGGCGGCGGCGCCAAGGGUGGCCUGCCCGACGACGCCGAGGUUAUCCUGCCCGCGCUCCUGCCCGACCGCCCGGCCGAGCCCCACUUCUCCUUCCUGCCGCUCGUCGGGCGCGCCGACGACCCCGACAAGCGCGAGGGCAAGAAGAAGCUCAAGAAGAAGAAGGGCUCCCGCGCCGAGGCCAAGGACGACCUCGUCUACGGCCGCUUCUACUUUGUGCAGCACCUCAUCGACGGCUUCUUCGCCCGCGUCAUGGCCCGCGUCGCCACCUACCCCAUCAAGAUCCUCUCCUUCUCCCGCAACUCCCUCCUCUUUGACUUUAACAAGGAGCGGGUGCUGCUCGAGCACUUCUUCGCCGAGGGCUUCAUCACGGCGCGCAUGCGGGCAGGCGAGGGCGAGACCGUGACCCCGGACACCGCCGCCACCCAGUCCAACGUGCCCCAGAGCGCCAUCGAGCUCCUCGACGCCGCCAUCGAGGAGGUGGUGCGCGGAUGGGAGUACGCGGGAGUGAGCGUGGAGCCGAUGGUGCCGUGCACGAGCUGCCUGAAGGGUGCCACGUACCUCAACGACAUCCACCUGUUCCCGCUCUACAGCCUCUACAAGGCGGCCCUCGAGGGCGCGUCCACCGUCGCGUGCCCGCGCGCCGCGUCGUCGCACCUCGAGGACGGGGAGCAGGUGAGCGUCGGCUCGAUGCUGCCCCACGUGCCCCUCGCGGCCCACAUCGAGUCCGGCGCGGCCCACUCGACCCUGCUGGGCAUGGGUGCCUCGCUGCCCACGUUCAAGCUCCUGCUGGACGACGCCAAGAACGGGUACCCGAUGAUGGUGGAGCUGCUCCGCCUCAACACCCUCGAGGAGGAGCGCGACAACUUCUACUCGGGCGUCGUCGACUUCUACAUGAAGAUGAACAAGAUCGAGCCCCUCCUCCACACGGCCUUCAACAUCGAGAUCAACUCCUGCCCCAAGGACUCGAGCGCGCUGCUGUUCCGUGACGAGAGCGGCGCCAUUCGGUUGCUGAACGCGUACAUGAAGCGACUCGGGGACGGGUUCCUGCGCUACUCGAUCAGGCCCCUCCUCCAGAACCUGCUGGGCUACCCGUACCCCCUCGAGAUCGACUCGCAGCGCAUGGAGGACCCGACCAAGGCCGCCGAGAACGUCGACAAGCUCAUCCGCAUCUCCCAGCUCUUCGUCGACCACGUCUGCAACUCCGUCCACGAGUGCCCCAUUGGCAUCCGUCGUCUGCUCAAGUUCGUGAGCGAGAAGGUGGCGAGCAAGUUCUCCGACAUGCGCCUCCUGUCCCUCGGCAACCUCCUCUUCCUCCGCUUCCUCAACCCGGGCGUGCUCACGCCCAACCCCGGCAUCCCCGAUGGAGCGUCAUACGCGCCGUAG